AUGACAGCUCUGCAGACUCCUACAAGAGAGCGCAUUGGUGAUCAAUUUUCAAAUCCAGACUAUUCAAAGCUUACACCAGUGAAUAUAAAAUGUUUAACAUCUCCCAUUAAGAUGUCAACUCAAGAGAACACUCGGGAACUAACAUCGCUUAUUUCGAAGAUAGAUAAUAAUAACAAUAAUAACGACCUCUACACAGAAAAUUUUAACUUGAUAUCAAAGCAGUUGGAAAAAUUAUUGAAGAAUCUAAAUGUAAUAUACCAAAAAAUUGGAUAUUCCAAAGGUGAAAUCUUAACUAAAGAAAAAUUAAUAUUCAAGUCUCUUUCAAAUUCAAUAACUGAAUACUUCGAGCAUGCAGAAAAUGCAAUGAAUGAACUAUCUCAAAAUAAUGAUAUAGAACUGAAUAUAUUGAAUAGAAUACUAAUGAUAAUCGAUGAUCCGACAGGAACUCAAACGAUACCCGAUUUAUACACUAGGAACUCUAUACUCUCACCAGACAGAAAAACGAUCCCAAUGUCUCCAAAAAAGGGCGUAUCGUUGUUAAGUAAACAAAAGCUAAUAUUUGAUGCUAGAGAAUAUGUAUACAGAUCUUUUAUCCCAAAACUGCUGAAGUUUUUAGUUAAAAAUAACGAAUUGCAGAGAUUUUUGACUUCAAUCAAUGAAGAAUCAGGAACUAAUUCAAUUGGAAUGCCUAAUCAUGAAUUGAUUUCAACUUUACCAACUUUAGAAGAAACAGCUUCUGUGUUCAAGCACGUAUCUCCUAUUAAAAAUGAUUUCAAAAAUUUAUUUGAAUAUUUAAAAGAGAGUAAUGAGAAUUUACUACAAAGUGAAAAAUUUAAUGAUAUAAGUGACAAGAAAAUAAAAACAAUAAUAUCAUUAACAGAAACAUACCGAACUAUUUACAGUGAAAAAUAUGAGUCAAUGAACAUCCUCGCGACUAAUUUACUAAGGCUAUUCAAGGAACUCGACCUUCAGCACUCAGAUUUGGAUAAAAAUGAUUUGGAUUUAAUAAUGAUUUACAGCACCAAAUUCGAUAAUUUUGACGGAAAGUUACUUCCUGUUCAUGAACAAAUAAUAUCAAGACUUAACCAGCUGCAUGAUGAAUUUAAUGACAAAUAUGUAGCAAGGCUUAAAGAAAAGAAGGAUAUCGAAUCAGUAUGUAAGGAAUUGUGGAUUAAGUUAAAGUUCCCUCAAUACCAAUAUGAAGAGUUUAUAGAUAAAAACAAGGGAUUAUCAGAAAUUGUUAUGGAAAACUAUAGAAAUGAAUUAAACAGACUAAAUAUAAUGAAGAAGAAAUUACUUAAGACAUUGAUAUCGGAUACAAGACAAAAAAUUGAUGAGUUUUGGAAGAUUUUAAAUUAUAUAGAUGAAGAUAAGAAGGAAUUUAUUGAUAAAUUUGAAGAAUUGACUCGUUCUAAUAUUAACUCACAGUAUGAUGAAGAAUUAUUAAGAUUAUCUGAAGCUGAAUUGAAACAAUUAGAAGAUCGUUUAGCUAUUUAUAAACCAUUAUUGACAUUAUACAGUGAAUUUAAAUCAAUAAUAGAAGAUCAUAUUAACCUAGAAAAUAGUUCUAAAGACUCAUCGAGGCUUUUAUCAAGAAAUUCUCAUAAAAUAUUGUUACAAGAAGAAAAAAUGAGGAAAAAAAUAACAAGACACUUUCCUCGUGUCGUGCAGGAAUUAAGAAAUAAAUUGCAUGAGAUGCAUAGUAUGUUUGGAAGACCAUUCGUUGUGGAUGGUAACUCACUGGCUGAAGUCAUUCAAGAACAAGAAUCUGAGUUAAUCAAUAAAUACCCAAGAAUGAGACUCAAUUCCAGUCAAAGGGAUAAGAGUCCAUCAAAUAAGUUAUCUAACUUAUCUAAUCAUAAAAAAUCUCCUCAUCGCAUACAGAAACAAUCACCCAACCGUAAAAUUUUAAAUAUUUCUCCUAACAAACAACACAUGCAAGUUUCUCAAUUACAUAAGACUCCGAUUAAACUAGACAUGCCGAUUUCUGUUAGUACUAUGUCAUUAAAGAAUAAGCAAUUCGUUAGCGCAAGUAAAAACAGCAUGGCGCCUAGCAUCAAGAAUGAAAGAAGUGCUACAAGACCAAGUCUAGCAUUGUUAGAACCUUCAAAAUUUAUGAAUACUGAAAGUAAAAUAUCUGUGCCUGGUAAUUCCAAAUUACCUUUGAGAACUCCUAAUGGGUUUAUCCGCCCAACAAGACUAUUCCCAGUAUCAAAAAACGUGUUAAAUAAACAAGGUAGCCAAAUUCCUACACUCUCAAGUGAUUUAAAAAAUGUAACAUUAAAAUCGAUCUCCAAUACUUACCAAGAUAAUAAGGAGAAUGAAAGACAAUUAGAUUCAAAAUCGAAUAGAAUUUUGAGUAGCCCAUACAAAGAACCAGAAAAUAGCAUCUACAAAAUAUCAAUGUCUCCUGACGGCAAAUGUCAACUCAAUAUCAGAGAGUCAUUUGAUAGUGGUUUUGAUGAUACAAGCAUGAUUGAAGAUGAAAAUGAUAAAGAUUUCCUUUCAUGGAAAAAAGAACAAUUAAAUAAGUUAAACAAUUCUUCCAAUGAUGACCAUGAAAUAUUACCAAUCUAA